UCCAAGAAUGACAUUCCUGAAAUCACUUUGGCUCUUAAAGUCCUCGGCAAUGCUGGUCAUCCUGCUAGUCUUAAACCCAUGAUGAAGCUCCUACCUGGACUGAGAACUGCAGCUACUUCUUUGCCCCUUAGGAUACAGGUUGAUGCCAUCUUGGCCCUGAGGAACAUUGCCAAGAAGGAGCCCAAACUUGUUCAGCCAGUGGCCCUACAGCUUGUAUUGGACAGAGCUCUCCAUCCCGAAGUGCGCAUGGUUGCUUGUAUUGUGUUGUUUGAGACCAAGCCAUCAGUGGCUCUCAUCUCCAGUCUUGUUGGUGCUUUGAAGCUUGAGACUAAUAUGCAUGUUGCGAGCUUCGCCUAUUCUCAUAUCAAGUCCUUGACCAGAAUCACUGCUCCUGAUAUGGCAGCU